AUGACGUCGCACCUCUUAGUCCGCUUUCGAGAUUAUGUCAACGAACAUGUCGAACUUGGUAUCAAUGGAGGGGAUGAGACAGUCCCGUACAUUGCGCCAUCGAAGCUGAAGAACUAUUGGUCCGAGAAGCGUGUUGACGCCAUUCUCAAUGGCUAUCGACCUCCGAUACCACAUAGCUCGGAUUUGAUCAUCAAAAAACAUCUCCAAAUAUUCUCUAUUCUCGUGUACAUUGACCACCCUCAAGAGAUCUCAUGGUUUUGCAGUAAUAUUAAAGAUCGCAAUGAUAACCAUCUACCUUUUGAUGGCGUGGAACUUCCCCGAAAUUGUCCAUGGACCGAAGAAUUUCUGAGAUAUCAAUGGAAAUUCCAUCCGUUGGUUUUCACUCCUGAUAGUAUAUACAAGCGCACAAUAUCACCCCGUAUAAUUUUACCAGUUACAUACGACAAACAACUAUCGGAGAGGCGAGGUGGCUGCCAUGGAGCCAAGCUAUGGAAGGUACAAGUUCACAACGCGUGCAAUUCCAUCACGCCAGAGGUAAUCACGCCCUUCACCUUUAACAAUUGCCUUGCCGCUAACUCUCAAAAGAACGAACCAGUUGUUUUCAAGGUUUUUGAGGGAACCGAUGCAGAUGACCUCUACACAGCCGAGACCAAUGUUUACUCGAAACUGCGCUCCAAAGAUUUUAAACAGAUCACCAAGAACUUUGCGUGCUUUUCAUUCCAAGGAAAGCAAAAGUCCAUCAUGGUUCUGGAGUAUGCAGCCGGAGGCUCCCUACUAGACUUUCUCCGGGCAACUGCAUUGCCCGAGAGCCCAGAUGACUUUUAUCUACUUUGGACUCGUCUUUUGAAGCUCCUCGACGGGCUUGAGAUCCUCCACAACUUGUAUCGUCCUGAUGGACCAUUGAAUUGGACUCUUGCUGGUGUCCAUCAAGAUAUCCAACCCGCCAAUAUUCUCGUUUUCCCACAAAAGAACCAGGUCUCACCGUUCGAUGUCAAGUUCAAACUCACGGACUUCGGACUUGCUGAGAUAGGGAGAGUGUCAAACUUUGGGGGCACUAUGGUGACAGAAAACAGAGGAAACAGGAUGUAUAUUGCCCCUGAGAGCUAUCCCAACUUUUCUGUGCAGGAGCUUGUGAAAACAGAUCUCCCGCCUACCACAGACAUUUGGGCUCUUGGAGCUGUCUUCAGCGACGUCUUGGUUUGGUCAAUCAACGGGGAAUCUGGACGCGAGAAGUACCGACAGAGAAGAAAAGAAGAGAUUUCGAGGCAACGACAUAUGAAAGCUGCUGACUAUGAUGCUUGCUUUCACGACGGUGUUGAUCGACUCUCUGCCGUUGAAGACUUUCACAACUUGGCCUUUCAGGAUACGAGAGUUCGUGACAAGAUUUCCCCAUACAUCAGCCACCUUAUUCUGGACAAAAUGCUCAGACUUGUUGUCGUGAGAGAAACUGCCAUGUCGAUCAGGAUGCGGGCAGACAGAGAUAUGAAGGAACUUCAGAACAACAUGGCGUCGCCCUCAGUGUCACCACCAACGGACCGGAGUUUGCAACAAAGGCCCCCCGAACCCCGGCCCCUAGUCAAGAGACCUGUAACAACCCCUGUCCCAGCCCGACCAGUGCUGUCUCCUUUGACUACGACGACGCCAUUCCAGGAUCUGCAACCAGUACCCCCCGGAACGAUAUUAUACAGAACUUCUUUCCAGCAAUCUCCCGUGGGCAUUGAAUCACCAGCUCGGGGUACUAGUCAAGAAAUACCUCAACCGCCCGAGAGAAAGGUGACAGUUGAUAUGGUGUACUCAAUAUUGGAAAAGAAAGACAAACUGAGCUCUAUUGUGAGUUCGAUCAGCACAAGAGCCGACAAACUACCUGAUGUCAUGGAUUUACCAGGGAUGGAGGAAGCACGAAGCAAGAUCAGAGAGACUCGAGGAAGAGAUCAAGUCGCGCAGAUCAUGGUGAUUGAUAACUUCAGUUCUAUGAGCUGCCACAAGCAACAGGUUAUGAAGACUGCAAGAGUUGUUGGAUACGUUGCCAAAGUAGCCGACGAUAACGGCAUGGAACUCUACGCUGCCUCGGAGGUGGCCCAAAACCCACUCAGAUGCAAAAAUAGUUCAAAAAUUGAAAAGGGGAUUAAGGAGAUGAAGACAGUCAGUGGAACAUGCGACAUGCGACGAUGUCUCGACAUGAUACUCGAUCGAGUUCUUGUUGGGGACAAAGUCAAGCCGACAGGUAUCUAUAUUUACACUGAUGGAAUAUGGGAACUUGGUGCAGAUCGAGUCCAGUUCACGAUCCAGCGGGCAAUCGAUUAUUUGAUCAAGUGUCAUCAACCAUCCACAACGAUCAUGUUUCAGUUUAUUCAGUUUGGCCGUGACUCACAAGGGUCAAAACGACUGGAAUACCUAGACGACGAGUGUACGAAACAAUAUGGGGGUGAGGAAUAG